CGGCUGCCGCAGGCGGCCCCGACCCCCAUCCCCAUCCCCGGCCCGGCGCCGCCGCCGCCCCGGGCCGGCCGUGCCGGUGCCGCCCCUCGGCCGCGCCCGCCCCCUGGCUGCCUGCUCGGCGGCGCGGCAGUGCCGGCGGGGCUAUGGCUGCGGAGGAGGUGCUGCAGGGCGCAGACCACUACAAGAGCGAGAUCGAGCGGCUGACCCGGGAGCUCUCCGAGACGACCCACGAGAAGAUCCAGGCGGCGGAGUAUGGGCUGGUGGUGCUGGAGGAGAAGCUCACCCUCAAGCAGCAGUACGAUGAGCUGGAGGCGGAGUAUGACGGCCUCAAGCAGGAGCUGGAGCAGCUGAAGGAGGCUUUUGGCCAGUCCUUCUCUGUUCACCGCAAAGUGGCCGAAGAUGGCGAAACGCGGGAAGAGACUCUUCUCCAGGAGUCUGCAUCAAAGGAAGCCUACUACCUGGGCAAGAUUUUGGAGAUGCAGAACGAGCUCAAGCAGAGCAGGGCUGUGGUCACCAACGUUCAGGCAGAGAAUGAGAGGCUCACUGCUAUUGUCCAAGACUUGAAAGAGAAUAACGAGAUGGUGGAGCUGCAGAGGAUACGGAUGAAAGACGAGAUUCGAGAGUACAAGUUCCGAGAGGCGAGGCUGCUGCAGGACUACACUGAGCUGGAAGAGGAAAACAUCACUUUACAGAAACUGGUGUCCACACUGAAGCAGAAUCAAUAUUAUGAAUGUUCUUUGUCUUGUCUAAUUCAGGUUGAAUACGAAGGCUUAAAGCAUGAGAUUAAACGAUUUGAGGAGGAGACAGUGUUGCUUAAUAGCCAGCUAGAAGAUGCCAUCCGGCUGAAGGAGAUUGCUGAGCAUCAGCUGGAGGAAGCUCUGGAAACUUUAAAAAAUGAAAGAGAGCAAAAGAACAAUCUGAGAAAGGAACUGUCCCAGUAUAUCAACCUCAAUGAUAGUAUGUAUAAUAACCAUAUUAAUAUAUCAGUAGAUGGGUUGAAGUUUUCAGAGGAUGGGGGUGAGCCCAACAAUGACGACAAGAUGAACGGACACAUCCACGGGCCUCUCGUGAAACUCAAUGGUGACUACAGAACUCCCACGAGUAGGAAAGGAGAAUCUCUGCACCCUGUCUCUGACCUCUUCAGUGAGCUCAACAUAUCAGAGAUACAGAAACUGAAGCAGCAGCUCAUGCAGGUGGAGCGGGAGAAGGCCAUUCUCCUGGCCAACCUCCAGGAGUCUCAGACGCAGCUGGAGCACACCAAGGGAGCCCUGACAGAGCAGCACGAGCGCGUGCACAGGCUCACGGAGCACGUCAACGCCAUGAGGGGCCUGCAGAGCAACAAGGAGCUGAAAGUUGAGCUUGACUGUGAGAAGGGCCGAGAUUCCAGCGAGGAGGCACACGACUAUGAAGUGGACAUCAAUGGCUUGGAGAUCCUGGAAUGUAAAUACAAAGUAGCUGUUACUGAGGUGAUAGACCUUAAAGCAGAAAUCAAAGCCUUAAAGGAGAAAUAUAAUAAGUAUGUGGAAAACUACACUGAAGAGAAGGCCAAGUAUGAGAGCAGAAUCCAGACAUAUGAUGAGCAGGUGACAAGCCUGGAGAAGUCGACCAAGGAAAGCCAGGAAAAAAUGGUCCACAUGGAGAAGGAGUUACAAAGGAUGACAAGCAUAGCAAAUGAAAACCACAAUACCCUUAACACUGCCCAGGACGAGCUGGUGACGUUUAGUGAGGAGCUGGCUCAGCUCUACCACCACGUCUGCCUGUGCAACAACGAGACGCCCAACAGGGUCAUGUUGGACUAUUACAGGCAGAGCAGAGUCACCCGCAGCGGGAGCCUGAAGGGGCCGGAUGACCCUCGAGGUCUCCUUUCCCCACGACUUGCCAGGCGGGGGGUGGCAUCGCCCGUAGAAGCCAGGACCCCGACCGAGCAGGUGACGAAAGAGGCCACAGAGCCCGGCAAGGAGCAGAGCCCAACAAAAACGCCUUCCAUUUCUCCUGUCAUCACAGCCCCUCCUUCCUCCCCCGUCUCUGACACCAGUGACAUCCGCAAAGAGCCUAUGAACAUCUACAACCUCAAUGCCAUAAUAAGGGACCAAAUCAAGCACUUGCAGAAGGCUGUGGAUCGGUCGCUGCAGCUGUCGCGCCAGCGGGCCGCGGCCCGCGAGCUGGCACCCAUGAUCGACAAGGACAAGGAGGCCUUAAUGGAGGAGAUCCUGAAGCUGAAGUCGCUCCUGAGUACAAAGCGAGAGCAGAUCGCGACCUUGAGGGCAGUGCUGAAAGCCAACAAGCAGACAGCUGAAGUGGCACUGGCCAACCUGAAGAACAAAUACGAAAAUGAAAAAGCAAUGGUGACUGAGACCAUGACCAAGCUACGGAAUGAACUAAAGGCUCUGAAGGAGGAUGCAGCAACCUUCUCAUCCUUGAGAGCAAUGUUUGCAACCAGGUGUGAUGAGUACGUCACACAGCUGGAUGAGAUGCAGAGGCAGCUGGCGGCUGCGGAGGAUGAGAAGAAGACCCUGAACUCUCUGCUGCGCAUGGCUAUCCAGCAAAAGCUUGCCCUGACCCAGCGACUGGAGGAUUUAGAGUUCGACCACGAGCAAUCGCGACGCAGCAAAGGCAAGCUGGGAAAGAGCAAGAUCGGCAGCCCUAAAGUAAGUGAGGAGGCAUCAGCCACCGUGCCAAGCAUAGACACUUUCCUCCUGCAUAGUCAGGGCCCACAGCAACCAAACUUACUGGUCAGCAGUGGCACUCAGAGGAAAAGACUAUUCUCACCUUCCCUUUGUGAUCAGAGCCAUCCCAGGACUUCAGGGACCUACCUCCAGAAAUUAUUAAGAGCCCCCCCUCAUCCCGCCUCCACAGAAUCAUAUCUUCUGAGGGGCCCCCCUUCCAUGAGUGAAUUCAUCCAUGGGCACCGUCUCAGCAAGGAAAAAAGGUUAACCGUGGCCAUACCAGUCCUAAUGCUCUUCCAGAAGAGCAGCCACAUUCCAGCUCUCAGUGUGCCCCUCUCAACUGUCUCUCUAAGCCUCCUCCUUACCCCUAAUCUUCAUAUGCAACGUAAGAGAAAAUGCAAACAGAGUGGAGCUCAUGCAACAAAGGUUGGGGUUGUUCCCAGCGAGCGGGUGGACAAUCCUGCCUUGUUGCUGCAUUGGCAAGUCUGGAUUCAUAUCCCCUGCUCUGGCAACUGAGGGAAGGUUGAGAAGAAGAACACAAAGCACAGAGCCCAACCUAUCAAGAAGACUUUUUAUGGUUCCUCUGAUUGUACUCAAACUGUGCUAUCACAACUGAAGUGUAGUGAAAUUUAACAUCUCAACAAAAAUGUUCCUCCCAGCUCCUUGGCUUUACUUCCGAAAUGAUGAGAGACUUAAGCCAAUGUUAAAAAUAUGUUACAAAAAUCCUACCCUCACAUCCUCUAAGUUCAGCCAUAGGAACCUGUUCAAAUUUCUUUUUGUCUUCAAGGGUGUGAUAUUUAUUUCUUACUUAAUUUGCACCAGAAUUUUGUGUUUAUAAAAUACAGUACUUUUUUUUUUUUGGUGAGAGUUGUAUUUAACUAAUUUUAUUUUUUAAAUCCAAGCAGAAAUAGCUUCAGUGAAGAAUGACUGUGUUAAUAUUAAAAAAGGCUUGUUGCAUUGGCCAGCAUAUGGCCAUUUUUUAUUGCACAAAAAUGUUGGAAAUGGGUUGAAUUGGAAUGUUAACAAUGACUGUAUAUUUUGCUGCUGCACUGAUAUUGUUUAUGCACUUGUUUUUUUAAUUCCUAUUACACUAGCUUCUGGUUUUGUUCUAGCUCUUCACUGAAAGAUAAUUAUUAAGCCUAAGAAGGAGAUGAAAGGAUAAUGUACUGAUUUGUUUUCAGUUGUUUGCUUGCAUUGUAAUUAUACUUCUCGCAUCAUGAAUUGGUGCUGUUUUUUGGGAUUACUUUCUAUUUGGUAUCUGAGAAAGAAAAUCUAAAAUAAGUAAAAUGCUGUGUGCUAAUUGAAAACAUUCUUUCCUCCCACUCCCAUAUUCAGGAUCCUAGCUCGAGGCCUUACCGGGAAAGGCUAGUUUGAGUGGGGAAGUCGUGUGCAUUUCAUGUGAAGUGUUCUGUGGAGAAAGAACUCAUGCAGGUAGGGUUGAUGGUGUGGAUCAAAGUCAGCAGGACUUUACUGUAGUGCAUUUUUUCCUUGCCAAAAAUCAACAGACACAGAACCUUAGCUCAUGUCAGUUUAUGACAAAUACUCAGGUGAUCAAUACUACGCAGACUCUAUCGCAACAGUGCACAGUGUUCCUAGUUAAAGAUUCUUUCCUGUAAAAGCUGAGUAAGCCUGUUUUCUUCUUAAAAGCAGUGAGUUUCAGAACAAAAUCAAGGAUAGAGGAAUUUAUUUUGUACAGUACCUGGCAGCAAGGGAAGUGGCUAAACAGAGGGUUGUGGUUCAGCAUCUGUGGGUUUCCCAUUUGGUCAUCAGCUGGAGAAAUGAGCCUGCAGUGCUGCCUACUUGUUGGUAAUUAGCAGGCUCCUUGUUUUGUUAGGUGUCCUUAAUUUAUUUACAGAAGAGAGGCUUGGAUAUUUCCGCAUGUCUUUAUUCCUUCUCUGCAACAUGUUUGACUGACAAGUGGGAAAUGCAGUACAGCCUAAGGUAUGGGGCAGCUGGGGAAAAAAAAUUGCUGCAGGUGUGGCUGGAACAAUUCCUUCAAAUUCUGCCUGAAUCUGAGAAAAUGAAGUCAUUGUUUUUUAGUAACAGUGCUUACCAAAUGUUACAAUACAGAAAACAUCAGCAGAGGAAAGAAUCGGUGACCACUCAGUGUGCCUAACAAAUCAUUAUUACCAUAGUACCAAGAACAAAGGUGCUGUAAAUAGAAAUAUUUUAUGUCAUCAACAACGUCUGUCAUGUAACCUUGGCAAAGCAGCUGAGCUAUAGUAAUAAAACACUCGGAGAUAGAGAAAAUAGGAACAAACUGGUACCCAGUCCUGAUCAGAUCAAACAGAUAACAGUUGGCAGUGUUUUGACUUUGGUUUCCAUGGGGUUCACGUGAUUCUUCUCAUAUACUUUACAUCACUAUUCAGUAUAGUAAUUAAACUGCCUGUUGUCUUGUCAUAGAAAGGUCAAGUGAAACCUUGUUCAGCUCCAUCAUGAUGUCUGACACUGAGUUUAGCUGCUAUUUUGAUUUUUUAAAAAAUCCCCACAGUAUUUUGUCUGAGGCAAAUUUAGCUUUCAAAAAGCAUCUCCAGAUUCCUGCCCUUGUCUGACUGGUGUAAGAAUAUCUGUGUCCAACAAAGACAGCUACUGUAUAUUGUUAAUAAGAGAAGGAGUUUGCAUAGCACUUUGAAUGCAGUUACCACUGACUGCACUUGGAAUAGUUUUUCCUAUUUUCAUAUCCGAAUCAAAGGCAUUUUCCUAAGCUUUAGUUAAGCAGUAGUUCAGUGAAAUACAUUUCCUUUCUAUAUAGAUACAAAUUUAUUGGGGGAAAAAAAAGGUAUCAAGACAGUUUAGAAACAUAUGCAUGUCCAUGUGGAUUAAGAGUUAUGAAAGAAUAUCCAGCGGUAUAGAAGUUGUGGCCCUGUUUUAUAGAAAUAAAUGUUUUUAUUCUCUUAAGUUUUAAAUUUUUAAUUCCUAAGUUUUCAAUUUACAUUUUUUUAUAUGUAAUAAAAUGUAAUUGUUGGAAAUGUGAGAGAACUAGAAACAAAUCAACUUUGAUGUACAAAUGGUUGUAGUUAUUGCAUUGUAAUUUAAAAAACUCUGUAGGUCCCUGGGACAACUUUUGUCAGUUAACCAGUAUAAAAUAAAAUAAAAUACAUACCUUGAACUUAAGAUGAAAAACUCUUCUUUGUUAUAUAUUGAUUGAUAAUAUAAAACUUUGUGAGAGAUUUUGUAGGAAAUAUUUACAUGCAGACAAAACCAGAAACAAAUGCCUGGGGUUUUUUAACGGUUGCAAAAUAUUACAUUUUGCCCAUUUAAAAUUAGUUUAUGUUGUGUUGAUAUCUAUUCUGAUUUUUAAGGAUUAAGAAAAAAAUGAUACAUAUAUUUGUAAUGGUUGGGUAUACUUAGAAACACUACUAUGUGUUCUACUUGGUGAGGAGGCAAUUCAAAUCCUGCUCUGACUUUUGUGUCUGAAACACAGCUUUUGUUCUCUAUGAUGGCCUUGAAAUUUCUUUGGAUUUGAAACAGCCUACUCAAAAUAGGGUCAUUUAGGUCAAAACAGGAGCAUUUUGGUUUGGGUUUUAUUUUCUGAUGUAGUGAAAAAUUAUUCCUUGGUCAGUGAAAUGAUCUGCUUGUGGAAAUCCAGUUAAUAGGAAAUGUGUGAGGAAAAGAAGAAAAGAAAAGAAAUAGGAAAAAAAAAACAAAUAUAAAGGGAGAAAAGAUGAAAAAUAAAGUGUAAUAGUAUGGAAAAAUAUAUUUUCUAUCAGUCAGAACAUAUAUGGAGGUUUUAAAUAAAGAGGACAUAACUGUUGUUCAUGCUAAUUGUGUAGAAAUUUCUGCUUUCUAAAUGGGGGCAGUAGUGAUAUUCUUUCUGAUUGAUCUGAUUGACAGGUUGGCAUCUCUGUGCUUUCUCUAUCCACAUUUUUCACAGUAAAUUAAUGUAAUCGUAGCUAUACAGCAGAGUUCGUAGAAUGAAACUGUAAUUAACGCUGCAAGUUUUAAUGCCAAGUGGAUUUUCAGUUUGUUUUUUAUUUUAAAAACAAUUAUGAAGUUGUUUAAGCCAUUUACCAUAUUAAUGUGUGUACAUAAAGGAGAUUAUGUUAUGAAAUACAACCUCACUUAUGAAAUAUGACCUCACCCAUGAAGGCUGCUCACCAUAAUUAUGUUGGAAUUACUUAAGUAAGCUGUUAGCAAAAUCUGACCCAGUCCUUAUCCCACUGGGAACGACACCCAGAGUCCAGGCCCUAAUUUUGGUACCAACCUUAUUGUUCAUCCUGCAUUGCCAAAGUCAGUAGCUGUGCUGCCAGCUCCACUUAUAGCUGGACUGAUCAUCAUCAUCAUCAUGGAUAGAUUACAUCAGCCUUUCUGAGGUCUGUUUCUUUCUUUGGCAGAAGAUGCAUAUCCACUGAAGUUACAGUAAAUUUCUUUCUUUUGUUCCUCGGAAAUCUUCGUUUGAGAAUGGCAGGGACUGAUGUUUUACCUUUGAAGUAUGAUAAUUGCUAUAGUUACCUCUUUAAAAAUUCCAGUCAUCACUUCUUCUUCAGUUUUCCUUUGCUGUGUGUGCAGUGAGUCUGAAAGGGAUAGAUACUAUUCAGACGUUUUUUAACCAUUAAGGGGUUUGGUUUUUUUUACUGCAAUUAAGCAUCCUGUGGAAAAGAAAUAAAAAAAGCAACUGCCUUUUGCCUUCAGGCACAAAUACAUCAAAAUAUGCAAUGGAAAAUGUGUGCAUGACAUUGUUAACAUUGUGUAGCUUCUCCAUAUCCAUAACUAAGCUAGAAAAUUCUUAUUUCUUGUGUGAUAUGCAUAUUCCUCUUGCUAGCAGGGCAAGAGAACUAUCACAGAGAGUCUGUAUCUUUCAUUGGAGGUGCACAGCUUAAAUCCUUAUUGGUUUCUAAUCUGUUUCCUGUGGAGUUCUUGAAAAUCCCCUUUGUGAAAUGUAAUGGCAACCAAGUGACAAAGCGACAAAAGGUAAAGGAAAAAUCCAAUAUUUCAUUACUGGAGUUAGUGUGUGGGCAGACUCUGGGUGAUAGAGCCUUGUAUUUCAAAAAUGUCUUUCUACAAAGCUAUUUGUUUUGAUUAUCAUGAUUUGCUGUAAAAGAGUGGAUAAGAGUGUAUGUUUUUUCUCAGUGUUAGUAAUCUGAGUUUUUAUUGAAUACGUGGUUGCUUGAUUUCAAAAAUAUUUUGGAAAAUCAAUAAAGAGAAGCAUUUGAUAAAAGUUUCAAGUAGACUGGCUUGCCAGCUAGUUGGUAUUUUAUCAGCUGUGAACAAGAAAUAAGAGUAAUCUAGCUUAUAUUAUUAUUAUUUCUACUGUUCACAGAUAUGGCUAUGUGUGCUAUGCCAGUGGUUAAAUUAAGUCCAUUUUAUUACUUAUUUCCCUAUUGAUUUUCAGCCCUGUGGUUUGACUGUUAAAGGGUUAAUUAACUUGAUCCUUUGUAAACAAUUAAAAAAAAAAGAAAACUGAUGUUUUGUGAUUUUUGUAAUCUAUUGAAUGUUUCCAUUUGCAUGAUGUUCUGUAUUUAAUGAACCAUACAGAUUGCUGUGUUCCUUUCAAAAGAGUUUUAGCAUUGGUGGAGUUUGUGGCAAACACAAAUUUGUAUACUGUAUGUUUACUGCUGUAAUAACUCAGCUACUCCUAUGUUGAAUUGACAUUAUGUUGUCCUGCCUUCUUGGGGUUAAAUGAUGAAGUGUUUCUAGAUGGUGAAGAAUAUAAAAGUAUAUAUGUUCAUUUGCUAAAGACUGAAUAUUGGAAACUCUUCUUGUUGCUACUUUAUGCUAAAAGCAAAAAAGUUAAAUAAUUCUUGUUUCCAAAAAUGCAUCCUUUAUUUUUAAAAUUGAAGUAAUUCUCAUGUUAACUUUUCCUUGUCCUUGUAGACAAUCCUAGAUUAAUACCUUGUGAGGGAUUCAUAAAGUCUGUGCUUGUACAUGUGUAAUAUGAUCAUGCAGUCAAAUGGUUGGGAAAAACACUCUAGUGCUGAAGAAAAUAAUUAAAAGAAGCUGAUAUACUGAUUCUUACAUCUUUAUGUUCCAAUUAAAAUUACAGUGUAAUGCAUAACUGUUCCAGUGAAUAAACUGGCCAUUUUUGUUCAUUUAACAC